AAUAAAAGGAAGGAGAUGUGAGCUUUAGAUCUGAUUUUUGAAAACAUUUUAAGCCGUUGACAACAAGGACAGGGAAACGGCGAUGGGACAAGGCAACGCGGACAAUCGCCUUAAACUACGCCGUUUCGGUGCUCUAUUUUGUUUACUUCCCGACGACGUUUACUUCUUUAUACUUCCUUCGCUGAUCUUCUUCUUUAUUCUCAUUGUACAAAUAAUUAGCAUAAACUAAUAUAUUAAUCGUCUUCUUCUUCUUGUAUAUAUUCCAGGUGAUUAGACAGAUGGCAGUAUUUAUUUUACGCUUUGACUUUAAUUUUUUUAAUUAAUUAAUAAUAUAUUUGCUCUGUUAUUUUUUGAAUAAUUCUGAGGUUGGAUCUGUACUUUGCGGUUGGAAUUUCGGAAGAAUAUUCCAGCUAAAUCAACUUCUUUGUUGAAUUAUGAUUCUUUCAGAUUCAGGUUCUCUUCUUUGUUGAAGGAUUUAUGCCGUUUGGUCGUCGCUGAGAAAAUUGCUGGGAAGAGAAUCAACAAGGAUAGCGUAAGUCUGCGGCGGACUGGAUUGAUGUGCAAUGCAGAGAUCACGUAGAGCCCUUCUGGAAAGAAGAGCUUUGGAUAGGGCUACUACUGGAAGGAGCUACUUCUACAAGGUUUCUCUGUCUUUGGUUUUUGUUUUGUGGGGGCUUCUGUUCCUCUUGAGCUUGUGGGUCAGUCAUGGUGAUGGUUAUAAGGAUGGAUCCAUGGCCCGUGGCUUAUCGACUUGGGAUGGAGCUAAGAUGAGACACAACAAACAUUCUGAUUCUCCUGGUCAAUGUUUAGCUGACGAAUCUGGCUCUUUUUGUUCUCAUGAUGUUUUUUGUAGAAAUGAUGCUAAGACCACAGCUCUUCCUGCUGAAUCAUCUACAAGUGAAGCAAGCAAAAAUCACAUCUCUACUUUUGAGCAACUUGAUGGUGAUAACUCCAUUGCAGGUGUAACAUCUGAAAACAGCUCUCCAAAGUCUGAUAGACUGUUGCAUGCUGUGCCUCUUGGUCUUGACGAAUUCAAGAGCAGAGCAUUCAUUUCUAGAAGUAAAUCUGGUACUGGCCAGGCAGGAGUAAAACAUAGAGUGGAGCCAGGGGGUAAAGAGUACAAUUAUGCUUCAGCUUCUAAAGGAGCGAAGGUCCUGGUAUGUAACAAGGAAGCAAAGGGUGCCUCUAAUAUCUUGGGCAAAGAUAAGGACAAGUACCUACGGAAUCCCUGUUCAGCAGAAGAGAAAUUUGUCACUAUAGAACUUUCAGAAGAAACCUUAGUCGACACUAUUGAAAUAGCAAAUUUUGAGCAUCACUCUUCUAAUUUAAAAGAUUUUGAGUUGCUUGGAAGUUUGGUUUUUCCAACAGAUGUUUGGAUUAAGCUUGGGAACUUUACGGCCGCCAAUGUGAAGCUUGCUCAGAGAUUUGUUCUUAAGGAACCGAAAUGGGUGAGGUAUCUAAAGUUAAAUCUUUUGAGCCAUUAUGGUUCUGAAUUUUAUUGUACACUGAGUGUUAUUGAAGUGUAUGGAGUGGAUGCUGUGGAGCGAAUGCUGGAGGAUUUGAUCUCUGUCCAGGAUAAUUUGUUUGCAUCUGACGAUGGAACACGUGAUCAGAAACAAAUGCCUUCAAAACUGGAGUCCACUCAAGGCGAUAGUGUGUAUCAAAAUUCAUACAAGGCAAUGGGAUCUGAGUCUUCAGUGGAAAACUCAAACUUGCAACAUGAUGUUAUUAAUAAUAUUGUUCCUAGUCCAGUUGAAGACAUUCAUCAUCAAGUUGGCCGAGUGCCUGGAGACAGCGUUCUAAAAAUUUUGAUGCAGAAAGUUCGAGCUCUAGACUUAAAUUUAUCUGUCUUGGAGCGGUAUUUAGAAGAACUGAAUUCCAAAUAUGGCAAUAUUUUUAAAGAAUUCGAGGAAGAUAUAGGAAAAAAAGAUAAACUUCUAGAGAAGAUUAAAUCAGAUAUAAAAGAUCUCCUUGACAGCCAGAAAAUCAUGGCUAAAGAAAUUGGUGAUGUUGCUUCCUGGAAGUCUCUGGUUUCUGUACAGCUGGAUACUAUACUCAGAGACAAUGCCGAUCUCAGAUCAAAGGUUGAAAAAGUUCAAGAGAAGCAGAUAUCUAUGGAGAAUAAGGGCAUCGCGGUAUUUGUUGUAAGCUUAAUUUUUGGAUUCUUAGCAUUUGUGAGGCUACUGGUAGAUAUGUUGUUGAGCGUUUUCAUGUCAUUGAGUGAUGAAAGAACAGAGAAGCCAAGGAAAUUUUGUUCCUUUAGCUCUUCCUGGCUUCUCUUAUUAUGCAGCUGUAGCAUAGUUCUUUUUAUAUUAUCCAUUUAAAUAUGCUUUUAUGGUAUCCUUUUUUCUUUCCUCCAUUUCUAUUGUGGCUGUUUUAUGGGAGUUAAAUCUCCUUGUAACCAUGUAAUAUAUUAGUACUAUGUUUUACUAUAAAAAAAUAGAUUGUCUUGUCUAAUUAAAACA